UCCCACAAGUCACCAAGCGCAGGCUCGUUGCUCUCCUAGACCUUUUUCCGUGUCCCUUACCCCUUCUUCCCGGCAUUCCUGUUUCCGCUUUCUCACUACUAUCGGUUUUUCACCACCACCGAGGCACUUCGCGCUCAGGGCUUCAGUGACGUCAUCUCUCAGCGCCGCACUGACACCCGCCGGUGGAAAAGGGAACAGCUCCGCCGCCCUUCGCCUCUUUGUUGGGCUGCUGCUCCUUCAGUUAUCAUGGCGCCAUCGCUGUGGAAGGGGCUGGUAGGCAUCGGCCUUUUUGCUCUAGCCCACGCCGCCUUUUCCGCUGCUCAGCAUCGUUCUUAUAUGCGAUUAACAGAAAAGGAAGAUGAAUCACUGCCAAUAGAUAUAGUGCUUCAGACACUUCUGGCCUUUGCAGUUACCUGUUAUGGUAUAGUUCAUAUUGCAGGGGAGUUUAAAGACAUGGAUGCUACUUCAGAACUAAAGAAUAAGACAUUUGAUACAUUAAGGAAUCACCCAUCCUUUUAUGUCUUUAACCAUCGUGGUCGAGUACUGUUCCGGCCUUCAGAUACAACAAAUUCUUCAAAUCAAGAUGCAUUGUCCUCUAACACAUCGUUGAAGUUACGAAAACUUGAGUCGCUGCGCCGUUAAUAUUUUUACAAAUUAUAAUAGGACAGGACACAGAGCUCAAUAUUGGAGUUUGGGGCAUAAAACACUCCCCACAUUAGUAUUUAUAUUGAUCUCUCAGACCAAUUUAAAAAAAUCUAUGGCCCUUGUUUGUACACUGUUAGUCAAGUCCUUAAUGCAGUAUUGGUUAUCUAUGAAAUGAGUCUUUGAUUGAAUUUUUGAUGAAUUUUUUUCAUUUAAGACAAAUUAACAUAUUUUGUAAAGUCACUAUUUUGAACACAUUGAAAAAUGUUGAUGGUUUCUGUGAUUAUUUAUUUUCUUAAAUUUUCUUUUCUUUUGCACUACAGUUUCUAGGAUCCUUUUGGAAAUACUGUGUGACUACUGCAUUUUGCAGCAUGAAUUAUAGUAAAAUGGUCUUCAGUUCUUAAUAAAUGAACUUCCCUAAUGAGACCAAAAUGGUGACUUUUCCACUCUUCUUUUAUCCCCUAAAAAGUGGCUCUGCUUCAGCAGAUAUUUGCCAGUUUUUAAUUUAUCCAUGACUUCUUACUCCAUCCCACUCCCGUAUACUUUCUAGCAUUGACUUGUCUUGUUUAAUUACUUCUCUGAGAUUCUGUGUACAGUGAGAAAUUUUUGUGUUAGAAAUUCCUUGUCAUGGCAGAAGUAUUUAACAGGUUCAACUUGUUGUAAAACUGUUUUUGUUCUCUUCAUUUAUGUGUAGAAAUGUGCUCGAAGUGAUUAUGUAGUAUAGGAAUAGUUGAAGAUAGACCAAAAAAGACCAUUUGUGAUUUCAUUAUCCUGCCUAUAUAAAGGAAUGAUAAUUGUUGAGGAAAAUGGAUUACUUGUCAUUAGUUUAACUUAUUUAGAGUCUCUGUUAGUUUAUUCCAUGCUAAACUAGUGAACUAAAUGAAAAUAAAGGAAACUUCUCAUUAAUCUAAAGGCAGACUUAAAGGAAUUGGGCCAAAUAUGUUCUAAAUAUUUGGAAUGAAUAUAUUUUUUUAGAAACCUCAAGGCCACUUAAGAAAUUGUUUUGUAGUUUUGAUUUAUAGAAGGUUUAGAGUUUUCUAUCUUCACUCUGUUGGUGAAGGUGAGGAUGAGGAUACAGAAUUGAAUUGUUCUAGGAACAGUGAUUUUACUCUAGGAGAAAUUUGGCUAGCUCUUUGAUCUAGAAAGCUGCAGGAAUCUCACCAUUUUGGUAUAGAGAAUAAUGCAUUUUUUAAUUGUACAGAUGUAAACACAUUGCUUUUGUUGAAUUGUAUGGGUGUAAAGGGAAUAACUGUAUGCAGGUUUGAAAAGGAAACAUGCUUUAGGCAAGAGUCAUAAGAUGCCUUUAUUCUUGAUGGUGUUUUUCCAUUAGAAACGAACCUCACUUCUUUUAUUCUGCCUGGUAACGCACAGCCCCAAGGCAUGAGAUGAAUUUGUCAUUGGAUUUUUAUUAGUGUUGUUUUGUUCUGUUUUGUUUUGCCAAUCCAGUCUGUCUGUGGAAUACUGACUCUGCUCUCUAAUGAGAACAAAGUUAGAAUCUGCCGAUAGCCUAAAAUAAAUUAGGAAUAUGUUAAAAGUGUGGAGUCAGGAGUUAAAGUGAUGAUAAUUAAAUCAAAAUAGUGUGUGAAAAACAAGCUCCUUAUAUCAGUCUUGUCUACCUUUCCUCAGGUAUAACUUGAUUUGGGAGAGUUUCUUGUUUUCUUCUCUUUUGGGGCUGAAUUCCUUUCCUAAUAUAUUUCUGUAAUGUUGUUGAGAUGUAGUUUGCCUGCCUUAUAGUUGACCCAUUCAAAGGGUACAAUUCUGUGACUUUUAGUGAAUUCACAAAAUUGUGAAAUAUCGGCCACAACCACUUUUAGAACAUUUUGCAGUCCCAAAAAGAAUCUCCCUGCACUUUAAAAGUUGCCUCAUUUUCUCCCACUGCUGCCCCCCCCCAUCAACCCUAGGGAACUACUAAUCUACUUUCUAUCUGUAUAGGUAUACCUUCUCUGGACAUUUAAUAUAAAUGGAUUCAUAGAGGAUCUGGUCUUCCAUGAGUGACUUCUCCCAAAGGAUUGUUAUAUGGAGUGAGAAGUUGUUCUUAUCUUGUGAUUAAUUAUUGCUGUGAAAGGACAUGAUUCGCCAAAUGAAUAUAUUUAAGGAGAGAAGAUCAGAUACUUAACAGGUUUCUCAGUUGAUCAUAUGUAAUAGUUUUUUUUAGGCAUUCAUAAUGUAUUACUUAUUAUAUUUUGGCUAGUUUCUAGAGUGGAUAUUGAACUCUUUGCCUGCCCAGCUAGGAAAGACCUGCUAAAAAUGAUGCCAAAUAAUUUGGCAAAUAAUUGACAUAGUAAUUUUCAGUGUGUACAUCUUUGCUAGCAGCUUGUAUACCUCGGGCCAGCUGAGCUCCCCAAAUUUCUUUUUAAUUGACUCCAGUCAAUUUCUGCUGACUUUUCCAAGUAUGUACCAUAGGACUAAAGGUGAUUUGGGUACAUUGUAACCCUGCUAAAUGUAUUAAGUAUGGAACUUGAUUUACAGUACUAUGAGACAGUCUGUUACUGCCUAAGGGCGUUAAAAACAUGUGAGCUAGCUCAGUCUGCAGUUGACUAUGAUUUCAGUGACAUUCAGAAGUGUGUAUCAAAGUUCUCAAGAAUACUGGAAGACUCACUUAAUAACCAGGGAACCAGCCAAAUGGCCCAGUGGCAAAAAGUGCAGACUUUUGCGUUGGAAACUCUUGUGCUCUCUAACUUCCUACUGAUGGUUUCCUAAGCACUGUGGCUUAGCUUUGAGUGGCACAACAGCAUCUUCCUGGUUGUAUGUGGCCUGUUUCCAUGAUGUAUUGAGUGUUUGUUGUGAGCAUCAGUGCCUGUAACACCAAGCUAAACACAUUUUUUGGAUAUGUUCUCUCUCUUUAAAUGACUUUACCCUGUCCAAUAAAUAAAUGAUUGUCUCACCCUGUUUUUGGUAGUGGUUUUUUUUUUGUUUGUUUGUUUCAUUUUGUUUUGCGUUUUUUAUUUUUAAUCUCAUUUCUUCUGCUUCUCUGUCCCCAGAAAAAUGUAAGAGCUAAUUUUAUGACUAUAUUUUCCAGUGUGAUUUUGUUUUACUAAAUUCAAUAGAUACUUUCUAUUUAAUUGUACAUGUAAAUUCUAUUGCAGUUUUAAGCUUUAAUAGAAUGUAUAAUCUCAUUUGUAUUUAUGAAUCAGUAAGUGCUCUUUGAAGUAUAGGAAUUAGUCCUUGAGCAGCAGUGUCUAUAAUCAUUCCAUCACAAAUUUCUUAUAGGCAAACAGCCCAUACAAAAUGUCACUUUGUACCUAACAGGAAAUCAUGUUUAAAGUGUAAGAGAAUGAGAAAAUGCAAGGGGAAAAAGUUCUACUUUGUAAAACUUGGCAUUUACCUAAAGUAUUUUGAAAACAUCACCAGUAUUCAAGCCUACAGAGGACUACCUCAAAACAAACUGCUAAACAAAUGUUAUUUUAAAAGGAGAAAAAAAGACACACGUGACAAAAGGAUCAGACAGUACAGAAAGGCAUAAAUCUUUUGUUCUCUUCCUUCCUACCCUAAUAUUUCACCCAAAGGUAACCAGCAUCAACAGUCUUGUUGUUCUUAUAGGAAUAAAACCUUUUAUUUGCCUGUGAACAUAUAUUUUAAAAAUUUUAUAUUAAGGAAUCAGACUAUAUACUAUUCUGUACCUUGCUUGCUUCUGCUGUGUUUUAUGAAAUCUUUAUCCAUACAGAAAUAAUGAUUUUUAAUAACUAUGGUGUCCUAUUAUACAAUAAUGAGCUUUUAGGUUUCCAGUAUUUUAUUAAAUUAUAUUGCAGUGAACAUACUUAUACAUAUAAUGAGAUUGUAUCAGUAGAGUUAAUUUAUAGCAAUAGAAUUGCUAGAUCAAAGAGUAGUUUUCAUUUUCAGUGCAGUAGUCUACUGCCAAAUUGUCCUCUGGAAACCUUGGCCCAGUGUGCUUCUACAUACAGUGUGAGAAUGAUUGUUUAUGACACUGGUGCUGAUAGUGGGUACUACUUUUUAUGUUUGAUCAUGUGAAAGUAAAUGAAUGAUAUCUUGCAUCUUAAUGAGGAGAUGGAACACAUUUUCAUGUUUAUGGAUUACUGAUAUUUUCUGUGAACUGUAUGAUUAUGUUCUGUUUCCUAUUAGAUGAUUUGUUUAUUGAUUUGUAUGAGCUUUUUGUAAGCUAAGGAAAUUGAUCCAUUGUCACAUGUUUAAUAACAUUUUCCUGUAUAUUAUUGAUUU